AUGGGUUUUUAUCAGUCAAAAUGUGAUUAUUCCAUGUUCAUAAAAUCUGAUGGAAAUGUGUUUAUUGUUAUGUUAGUCUACGUAGAUGAUAUAAUCCUAACUGGUAAUAGCAAACAAGAAAUUGAAUAUGUGAAAGGCCUAUUACAGUCUGAGUUUAAAAUCAAAGACUUAGGUCUUUUAAAGUUCUUCCUUGGGAUUGAAGUCAUUAAAACUCAAGAAGGAAUAUGUUUGUCUCAAAGAAAGUAUUGUAUGGAUUUAUUGAAUGAGUUUGGUAUGAGUGGAUGUAAACCUGUUUCAUGUCCUAUUAAAGCAAACUAUGUUAUUACAAAUCUGUGCAAAAAGGAAGAAAAUAAUUUUGUUAAUGUUAAUGAUUAUCAAAGACUGGUUGGGAAACUGAUUUACUUAUCUAAUACCAGACCCGACAUAGCUUAUGCUGUUCAUUUUCUCUCUCAAUAUAUGCAUAAGCCAACUUUGGCCCAUUCUCAAAUAGCAUUCAAGUUGUUGAGGUACUUGAAAGGUGCUCCUGGCACUGGUCUAAUGUUUAAAAAGGGUGAUGAAUUUGAAUUAUCUGCUUAUGCCGACUCUGAUUGGGCUAAGUGCAUUGAUAGCCGAAGGUCAGUUACUGGAUUCUGCAUAUUUCUAGGAAACUCUUUGAUCUCUUGGAAAAGCAAAAAACAAAGCGUAGUAUCCAGAUCUUCUGCUGAAGCAGAAUACAGAUCUAUGUGUGCUGCCUUAUGCGAAAUCAUGUGGCUAGUCAAUAUAUUACAAGAGUUACAGGUUAAAGUCACGUUGCCGAUUGAGUUAAGAUGCGAUAACACUGCUGCUUUGUCCAUAGCGGCAAACCCUGUCUUUCAUGACAGAACCAAACACUUUGAAAUUGGCUUGUUCUUCCUUCGUGAAAAAAUCUCCUCUGGAAUGGUUAAAACGAUUGGUGUCUCCUCCUCAAAUCAAUAUGCGGAUCUUUUCACAAAAGGAUUACAACCAGCGGAUCAUCUCAAAAUGUGUUUGGGCCAUUUACCCAUUUCUCUUGCUGCUGUGGGCUGUGUCGGUGAAGGCCCAUUUGGGGUUCCGGUUUGCUGUGUUGGUGAAGGCCCUUUAGGGUUCCUUGUGCUUUAUAUUCUGCUGCUGUCCUUGGUCGUUGCAUGA